GCGCUCGCAGCACCAGGCGCAUGCGCAGACCGGACGCACUCACAAGUCAAGUUCGCGCGCUGCUUCUGAAAUAAAAGAAAAAAAGUGAAAUAAAAAGGGAAAUAAAAGACGACUGGAGUUUAAGAAACAUUCAGCUCAUAAAUUAAAAGAGGUUUAUCAGAGCAGACGCUGUAAGGCCCGGGCAGGAGGCUGGAGUCAGUCUGGAAAUAACCAAGACCCUGUGCAGAGUUUAUUUAGUGAAGUGUCAGCCUCCCCAGGACCAGUUUUGGUGAAUAUAUUCAUGUACUUCCUUUUGUGUUUGUUAACUCCCAGAGGGUCUUAAGAGGAGCUGCACCUUAUGGCUGUCACACAGAAGAGCAGACUGCAGUAAGUAAAGCCCAGCACCAUACUGACUGUUCUCUUACAUGAAAACCUCUGCCCCAGAGUGAACCUCUGCAGCCUCUACCCCUACUGUGUCAAAUGCAAGCACAAGUGCAGCUUUGUGCUUCCAGAUCAUGCCAAAUCAAAACUAGAUCACUGCUUUACCAAAGAAAUGAGAGCUGGGUUUAGGUUUAGGCCUGGCUGUCUGGGCCAGAAGAAAACAUCAUUUAAUGAAAGUGUUCAAGUUGUACAUAAUGGACAAGUGCUCAGGUUAGAGGCAAAGCCAAAUGAGCAAAAUGACCAAAAUAAGGAUGUGACAAACGACACUGAUCCAGGGGCAUCAGCGAGUCAUGGAGGACGUGAAAACAGUGAGUCUGCCUCCUGCUCCAGUGAACACAGACUCAAGCUGAGCCUGAACGGCAUGAAAAAAUAUACUGAUCAGAACCAAAACAUUUUGGAAAAGGCUCUACAUACUGACACCGUAAAGACUCUACAUACUGACAACAUGGAGCUAGGUGAGAAGGCAGACAUUUUGUCCCAUUCCCAUCUCAAAAAACAUUUUUGCUUGGACCCAUUUGGAUCUGUUAAUUAUGUAAUAUAUGAAGGUCAGUCAGAUCCAGUGUGUCUUGAAGGAGAAUACAGAGGUGGACAGUCACUGAACCUAAAUGGCCCUAGUGCAGAGGACCUGGACUUCUCCUGCCAAAGGGUCAGAGUUUACCAAGGAAAGACCAGCACCACAUGCGCACGCACGUAUUUAACAUGGCCAUUUUUGUCAAGAGAAAAAAGGCCCGAAGCUGCAGGAAACGGAGACAUAUUUCAUAUUUCACCUUUUCAGAGCAAACUGAUUGGAAAUGAACCCACAGAUCCAGUGUGUCUUGAAGGAGAAUACAGAGGUGGACAGUCACUGAACCUAAAUGGCCUUAGUGCAGAGGACCUGGACUUCUCCUGCCAAAGGGUCAGAGUUUACCAAGGAAAGACCAGCACCACAUGCGCACGCACGUAUUUAACAUGGCCAUUUUUGUCAAGAGAAAAAAGGCCCGAAGCUGCAGGAAACGGAGACAUAUUUCAUAUUUCAUCUUUUCAGAGCAAACUGAUCGGAAAUGAACCCACAGAUCCAGAUCAGCUUCCACAACAGAGCUCUUCUAUUUCCAACCAAAGGGAAGGGAGUAAGGAAAAAAACCAAGAAGAGACUUUAAACAAGACUAAAGAUUCUGUGGGUUUGUCUUCAGACUUUAUAAACAUAACAUACAUAAACAGGCCGUAUUCAUCACACUCGUCUGAACAAUGUGUGACGAUGCUUCCACAAAAACAGAACUGUUUUUGUAAAGAUAUCGCUACAGCUGAGUCACCCACUCCAAAUAACGACAAUGGCAGGUCUACGCCUUCUCCAUCCAGACUGGGCUUGACACAAACUGCCCCCAUUAUGUUUACGGCAUCUUUAAUAGACUCCAGUAGCUGUUUAAGUAGUGACUCCAGUUUAUCGUCUCCUGUCCCAACACCAGCGCUCCUGUCUUUAGGAUCGUCUCCUGUCUUUACGAUCACACUCCCACAAGUUCAUAGUUUAUACGGCUUGGACUCAAAUGAUUCCUGUGACUCCCCUUUUGUCCUGCCUCAAAACAUGGAAGUGUCUCCGGAUGAAACUGGUACAAGUCUCAGUCCUCCAAAACUGGAGCCAUAUUUCAAAACUACGCCUUUAAUUCAAAAGUCUGACCCGUCUAUAGACCCUGAUAUUCUGCUUCCGCCUCUGCUUUCUCCUCUCAACUCACCUCUGCAGCACGUCGUUUCUACAGCUUCAGUUGAGUCUGAAAGUAAAAACGGUGAUACGUACAAACACAAAAUGGCUCCUGAAAAUCACACUCCAGAAAUACAUGAAGUUAGAGAAAGGGAUCAUGAGUGUGGCUGGCAACAAAACAAAACUACCUCAACUUAUAAUGACGAGGAGCUGUUCUCAGACACGCCUCCACCUCCCUCUGCUGCUUUGAACGACUCCAGCUCUUGCCCCAGCUGUUCUGAAAGCAACGGGGAACCUUCUACAGACAAAGACUCGUGUACAUCUCAGCAGUCAGAAAACCAAAGUCCUGAAGAGGAUUGGGAGAAGCCUGAAGCACUGGAUGAGAUCGAAGCUUACGAACAAGACAUUCUGCUCGUUGAUGUUUUCAGAGACGACCCUGAUCUAUUUGAAAACCUACCGCAGAAAAGUAUCUUGAAGCUGGGGCCUGUCAAAAUGAUCCCCCCUGUCCCUGAGUCAUCCAAGAAAAUGCAAAGUGUUGCUCCUGUCCAUCUCGACUUCCUGCACAGUUCAGAGGACAGCCCCCGAAGAUCCUGGAGACCCCAGUGCACCUCUGCUCUGCACAGUAACACUAAAAAACAUGUCAAGAUCACGGGUUCAGCUGAAGCCAGAGUUUUGAAUUCUGAAGAAGAGAGAACUGAACUCUUUCCAACUGAAAAUCAUUGCUAUAAUCACAUUUCCUCCAAACUGGUCUCAAGACUUGGGCCUCGGAGCUCAAACUCACUCAGUGCUUCUGGUCUGAGAUGGCCAAAACCUGCAUACUGUAGAAAAUACUUCAGUAACUCGCAAAGCUGCGUCUUUAAAAUGUGUCGUUUCCACCACGUGCCAAUGGAGGGGGAUGAGAAGUUUUGUACGGAAACUGUGGCACGGUUUAUGAAAACGCCAGCAUGUCUUCAUAAAGCAGGAGCUGUGUUUACGAGCUACUACCAAAACAACACACCCGGCGCGUUCUUUUCUAAACCGGUGCUCGCGUCUCUUCUUCGGAGUCUUCUUCAAGCUGGAAUGUUGUCCGAUGUUUUCUCAGUGAUCCAAACCAGUUUGACCCAUAACAUCGUGCCUGAACAUGAGUUUCUCCUCGACCUUUUCAACAUCAUCAGAGAAAAAAACCUCGUCAGCUUUGUCCCAGAACUUGUGCAGCUCACAUUUAAGAUGGCUGCUGCAGGUUUACCUCUGAGUCUGGACUGUCUGGACUAUGUGAAAAAUACUCCUCAAACACUUCCUUCUAAUUCUCCACAAACUAUUUCUGGACACAGAUCGGUAACGCCUUCAGAGCACUUCUACUUGGCGCACGCUGUGGUGGAGAUGGAGCUUUGUACCAAACAACAAGACUGGAAAAGACUGGGGGAGGUUUUCAAAUCCAUCUGUCAAUCAGCCCAAGUGAGCCAAGUGGAGCGCAUCAGUGGACGAAUAGCAGUGGCCCUCCUCUCCGAGAGCAAAGACAGGCUCACUCUGCCGUUUGCCGCCUUCGCCGAGACGGCUGGUCACGGUGCGGAUGAGGACGGCCCUGUUAAAUGUUGUCUUGGUAGAAUUGGAGUUUCGCUCAUGUUGCGAUAUCAUAAAACUCACCAGUGGGCGAAGGGUCAAAAAGUUGUGGAAGUUCUGUCUGCGGUAAAGGUCAGAUACGCGACAAUGAAAGGAUUGUUUGGGAAUGAAGACGGCACGUCACGCUGCUGCCUCGUAUCCGUGGCAACUGAGCUCUUCCUUUUAAAUGGGAGCGUUGAAGGAGCUUUAAACACAUUAAGAGAGAAUGAGUGGUUCCUGACGUCCAGCGCGUGGCCUUGUGAAGCUGUGGACCUGGAGAAGCGAACUCAUGUGUUGUUGUGUUUGGCGGAGAAAACGUCUCACAGAGAUACUCUCGAGGUCCUCAGCAAUCUGCCUGGACUUAAGGAGCCAAACGGCCACAUCGACAUCUCCAAGUACACUCCUUUCUUCACUGCUCAUCUGCAAGUGUGCCUAGACCGACAGAUUCUGGUGUUAGCGUCAGAUCUGGUGGACUUCAUGCUCGACAAAAACUUACCAGUGGACCAUGCCAUGCUGCACACGCUUCUGCAUAAACUCGGGAAACAGAAUUUUUGGCUCAAGGCACGAGAAAUCUUCAAAAACUCGAUGAGCAAAGGCUACCACCCCGAGGUGUGUGCCCCCCUCGGACUGAAGACUCUGGUGGUCCCGUCUCAGCUCGGAGAAAUCGAACUGGCUCUCACGUUUGAGAUGUUUAUUACGAUGAAUGCGACUUCCAUUUUGGCUCUCCCAGAAGGCACCUCAUCUACCCUGACCAUCACUCUUAAAAGAGCUCAAACUUGUGAAAGUGAGUAUCUUUCCGCUGGCAGCCGUCUGCUCUCUGCAGCUUCUAUUCCACAGCCCAAACUCAGUGUUCAUUACACAGGCGUGAACUCCUCCCAGGAGCAGGUCUUCACUCUGGACGUGUCCUCUGCUCGCCGCUGGCUCCGACAUAAUCAUUUAUGGGCCAAUGAGGUUUGGACCAUUUCUGUUUAAAAAUAUAAUAAUAUCUCCUUCAAAUCCAUAAUACGGUUCAAUUCAAAAUGCAUCCACUGCUGUCUGAAGAAUGACUCGAACAGAUGAAAUCAGAACUGUCACAUCACAGAUACACACAGAGAGGCGCACACACACAGAACACACAUAUGUACACACACAGAACACACGUACGUACACACAGAACACACACGCACACACAGAACACACGUACGUACACACAGAACACACACGCACACACAGAACACACAUAUGUACACACACAGAACACACGUACGUACACACAGAAUACACACACACACACAGAACACACACACGCACACACAGAACACACGCACACACAGAACACACACACACAGAACACACACACACAGAACACACAUACAUCAGCUCACAGAUCACCGUUUCUUGUUCUUGUUAUAAAAUAUAAUUAUUGAGUUGACUUUGUGUUUUUGUCACGUCUUUAGUGAUGUUUCUAAAUUGUUUUUUAUACCUUUGACUGUAAAUAUAAAUGUAUAUUUAUGUGGGUCAUUAGUUUUAUUGACUGACUGGUUCAAAAGCUGCUUUUCCUUUUACAUGGGGUUUUAUGAAACAGCUGAUCUUACUUUUCAGAUGAAAAUAAAGUUUGUUUACAUCUGUUUGUCUUGUGCGCUUCUGUGUUAGUGGAGGUUUACGUUUCAGGAGGCCUCGUUCUUGUUUCCCUCGUGGUUCGUUCAUUAAAAUUCUUUGCUUGUUUUCUGUGUUAAACAAUAAAGAAAUGAAAUG